AUGUCCCUCUCAAUCGAAAUCCAAAAUACCACCGGCGGCGUCCUCUACGCGUACGUGACAGGCACGACGACCGCCGACGCCCUCUUCCUCCUGCAAUCCAACGGCACUACCGCCUACUACCCAACCUCGCCGUCGACGACCCUGUCCGCCCUGGCAGUCGACUGUGCGAUCGCCGUGAGCAGCGCCGGCACAACGAGCCUGACAGUGCCUUAUCUCUCUGGCGCCCGGCUGUGGUUCUCGCGCGGCAGCCAGCCGUUGACGUUUUAUCUGAACCCGGGCCCUGCGCUGGUCGAACCGUCGGUGUCGAACACCAGCGACGUCAACUACGAGAUCGCAUGGGAUUUCUGCGAGUUCACCUUCACCAGCACAGAGCUGUACGCGAAUAUCACCUACGUGGAUUUUGUGUGUCUCCCGAUCGCGCUGAGCCUGACGGAUACCCAGGGCGCCACGCAGACGGUCUCCGGCAUGCCUGCCGACGGGCUUCAGACGGUGUGUGACGCCCUGCAGGCUCAGAAUGAAACAGACGGCGCAGGUUGGGAUCAGCUGGUCAUCACCUCUUCUUCGACGGGAGCGUAUCUCCGAGCAGUCAGUCCCAACACGGGGAUCGCGAUGGACGAUACUUUGUUCGACGGAUACUACGAUACCUACGUCACAGAGGUGUGGGACAUGUACACCGAUACAGAACUCACAGUCGACACCCAAAUCAGCUAUGGAGACGUGACGGGGAAAGUGGUGGAAGACGACGAAGACGACGACGAAGACGAAGAACAAGUGCUCACCUUCACCGACGGGGUGGCAAUCUAUACCACCCCCGCCAGUGCAGAUAUCUUCAGCUGCAGUUCUGGACCGUUUACGCCGUCGGGGACCACGGAAAAGGACGACAUCACGGCCAGGUUGGCGGCGGCGUUUAAUCGGUCGACCCUGCUGAUCGACUCGAACCAGCCGGAGGGCGAGGUGGUCUCGACGUACUACCAGGCAGACAUCACCAAUCACUACGCUAGGAUCUGCCAUGCUACGGAUCUCGAUGGCGAGGGGUAUGCGUUUCCCUAUGAUGAUGUUGGGCCCACGGAUGGAGCCGAUAUCUCGGGCAGUGUCGUGAGUUCUUCGCCGGCUUUAUGGACGGUUGUCGUGGGGGGAUAA